AUGACCAAACAAGAAGGAGAUAGGACUUAUGUUGCGGUCGAGGAGACCAGCAAGAAGGCUGUCGAGCGGAUCCAGCUGAAGACUGAAGAGUUGGUAGAAGCUAUGGUGACGCAGACCGAGAAGGCGAUCCUGCAACGCCUUGAUGGGAGCUUGCAAGACUGGACCAAGGUCAUAACUGAGCAGCUGAGAGUGUCUACUGAUGACGUUCGAGAUCUGGUCCCACAAGGUUCGACGAGCCAGAGUACGACAACGCAGGACGUAGCGGCGGAUAUCCUCCAGAAAUUUGAGGAUUGUCUUCAGAAAUUUGAGGAGCAAGUUGAUCCGCGUAUUGUCGAGGAGAAGGGCCAGGGGAUGGUAAUGUCGAUGGUGGCGCAAACAGAGAAGGUGGUACAGCAGUGCAUCGGAGAGUCUCUCCAGAACUGGACCGAGAUUUUGACUGGCCAGUUGAGAACCGCUGUGGACGCCAUCCAGGUCCAGGCUCAACAAGGUUCAUCUGGACAGAGCCCUACACCCCAGCAGGAUAUGAACGAAUGGAGGUCUCAGUGUGGCGCCCUCAUUUCGAACGAGAUUAGUCACCUCAAGACGGCGAUUGCGGCGCUCAACACCAGCACCCAGCAAAACCAAAAGCUAUUCCAGGAGCAGGUUCGUAUCACGAGGAACUUGAGCCAGCAGGGCGUCAACGAGGGGAGAGGCAGCAGUUACAAUUGGUUCACACCCAUGAGCCACCGCAAUUCUCUCUCUCCGACGCCAGCCCCUCGAGAAGGCCAAGCACACCCCUCGCAAGUUGGGGUGACGGGCCAAAACGACGAGCACGGUGCCACAACGCACGCCAUGCAGUCACCCACUCUCCCGUCAACUCUCGUCCCAUUGUUCAACAGUCCUUCGAUUGUCACCACCACGCUGCCUAACAAUCCAGCCCCUGAACAAAAGGCAACUGUCAGGAGCUCCACCAAGGGCAAGCGCGUUCAGGCUCGGAAGCGGGCACCGCGUCCAACCACGAACGCUGCAGGAUCGGGACGCCAGAAUCUGACGAGCGCUGGAAAGUCUGCCCCACGGCCACUCUCUGCCGUUUCUAAAGGGAAGCAAGUCAUGCGCCGAGAGGCAUGGCCACAACUGGGAACCGAUGCUGCCGGAGCAGAACGCCUAACUCAAGCUCCGGCUCUGAUGAGCAGAACCACGUCGUUAUCUAGAACUUCGACUCUUACCACAGCACCUUCUCUAUCCGAUUCUGAAACCGAUGGAGAUGGCUAUGUUAUCAUUCAAGGACUGAGCGGAUCUGCUUUCACCCCGACGGUCGCCAAGCGGGGGCGAAGUCGCACCUCCACGAACAGCAAUCACGCGAACGUCAGCCUUCCAUCUAAUGGUCCUAGUGCCUCCUCCAAGCGGAUGAAGAUCGGCUCUGCGGCCGUGCCCUUAGGGACUGCAGCUAGACCGAUCAAAGUCGAAGACAUCCUUAAGCUUCCAUCACGUGUGACACGGUCGAAUCGCAAGACGGCCCGAAAUGAGAUCGUGUAUGUGGAUCUGGAGACCGUCGCCCGGCAACAUCGAGAGGCUGGGGUUUCAUUCAAGUUCAAAUAG